UUUUAUGGCAUGCAAUUUCAUUGCAAGGACGACAUUUGAUCUGAUCGGUUCGCUGCUAAUCCGUCUAGGUAAAGUCGAGAGUUUUUUUUUUCGGAGUAUUUAGGGGAUGCUUUUUUUUAUUCCUGAAGAACCUGUUUUGUGUGCGGGAGUGAGUCCUACCCGCGUCACCCAAUGAUCUGCGCGUGUAGUAAAUACUAUCAGCUAACACGUCAUUUACAUACAACAGCAAAGCACGGACCAGAAAGAGAGAUAGCAGGGCUGAAAUAAAUAUACCCAAGCGUGACGCCUCUUCGCAGUCAGAAUUGGGGAGAAGGCGGGAGGGAGAGGCGCAGCAAAGCCGUACCAUUCCUGAGAUCGUCUGGAAUUCUGCCACUUAUAAAUGAUUCAUGCGACCUGAUUUUUUUUUUUUAAAGAGAGUAAUUGUGUUCUCUGUGGGGUGUCAUCAAUUUCUAGCAGGUUUCAAAUCAGUCAAAAGAAGAAGACUGAUUUUAUAAGUGGAAAAUUGGAAGCAGCUCCAAGUCUCCGGCUUUUGACUAGCUUUCUGUCACUGAUCGGGAGGCUAUAUUUCGGAUUCUGGGUUUUCUACUGCUUUGGACUAUCGAGCCGCCCUUUCGAUUAUCAUCUGUUGCUACACCGGCAUUGUACAAAAAAAGUGCGUGCGUACAAUAGACUGUCGCGAUGCCUUUGUGCUCCUCUUCUUAGAUGUCUCGGAACAAUGGAUUGGCGAACCUCUUUUUUGAUUUGUUCUCAUGUGGGAGAUUUUUAUUUCUUUUUCGUCUUAAGAUCUGAACGCGACGUGAUCAGGUGGUGUGGUACCUGUCUGCUUUAAGACGUUUUGGUGAUUCUUCCCCUCUCACUGCUUAUUAUUCAAGCCCCGGCAUUCGGAAUUUUAUCAGCUUUAAAGGGAGACCAAGUCACUGAGUGGCAGACAGACGAGCAGAAAGACACACGGAUACGGCGUAAGAAGCCACAGUUAAGCGUGCGAUUGGAAGUGGCACCAGGGGGAGAAAAAAAGUGCCAUUCCACAGUGAAAAGAGCGCGAUGGAAGAGGGAGACACGCUGGGACUGGAGGCGCAUCAGGUUGACAUCGAUCCGGAUUUCGAGCCCCAGAGCCGGCCGCGCUCCUGCACCUGGCCGCUUCCUCGUCCCGACGAUUUCUCCGGCGGCGAGGAGAAAAAUGCCGUGGCCUCCUCGGGAAGGAAGGAAUCUGGCCACCCGGGAGAGGCGCAUGCCCGCGGAUUGGAAAUGAACGGCGGAGGUGAACACAAGCGGCUAGCCGGCGCCCUGCCAUCUCCAGCUGCCGGAGCAUCGCUCGAUGUGGUGGGACAGCUCCGCAAAGCCAAGUCCUCCCGGCGCAACGCGUGGGGCAACCAGUCGUACGCGGACCUCAUCACCCGAGCCAUCGAGAGCACCCCAGACAAGCGGCUCACCCUGUCGCAGAUUUACGACUGGAUGGUUCGUUACGUCCCAUAUUUCAAAGACAAAGGCGACAGCAACAGCUCCGCGGGCUGGAAGAACUCCAUUCGGCACAACCUCUCCCUUCACACCCGCUUCAUCCGGGUCCAGAAUGAGGGCACAGGAAAGAGCUCAUGGUGGAUGUUGAAUCCUGAUGGGGGCAAGUCGGGCAAGGCCCGCCGCAGGGCGGUCUCCAUGGACAACAACAGCAAGUAUCUGAAGAGCAAAGGCCGGGCGAGCAAGAAAAAAGCAGCGGCUGCCGUCGCCGCCAUGCAGGCCUCACAAGAUCCCUCUGAGGGCAGCUCGCCGGGAAGUAAGUGGAGCCCCAGUGGGAGCGGGAGUGGAGGCGGCGGGGAAGAGUUUGACAGCUGGACAGACAUCCGCUCGCGGGCCAACUCCUCAGCGUCCACCCUGAGUAACCGGCUGUCCCCCAUCAUCGCCAACGACGAGCUGGAUGAGAUGGAACCCGAGGAGGGGCCGUCGUGCUCCACGUCCCCCCGUAUGUACCCGAGUCCCUCCAACACCCUGUCGCCGGCUGUUAGCAUAGGCGGCCAUUGCUCCGUGGAGCUCCCGCAACUCACUGACCUUACGGGGGCCAUCAAUUUAAAUGAGAGCCUCAGCAACGGCCUCCUGGAGGAAAUGCAGCAGCAGCAGCAGCAGCAACAUCAUCAGGAUGGCUACCACUCGCCUCAUCAGCAGAUCCCCCCGAUCAAGGCACGAAGCGCCGGGUUCUCGUUCGGCUCCAAGUGUUCCGUGGCCCCUCCGGCCUCGGCGGGCAAUUACUGCAGUACCAUCUACAGCCAGUCCAGCCACGGGAGCCUCCGUCACCACUCGCCCAUGCAGACCAUCCAAGAGAACAAGCCCACCACCUUCCAGACGACACCGGUCAGAAUCCCCGUCAGCCAUUAUUCUAACCCCGCUUCCCUGCAGGACCUCCUGACCUCCACCUCCACGUACAGGUCGUCCAAAGAUCUGCUGUUGAGCCAGGAAGCAGACUCCAUGAUGGCGCGACCUAACCAGGGGGUGGCGACGUCGCACUCUCACUCUCACUCUCUGCCCCUUCCGCAUCGUCAAAGCUGCAGUAGCGGCGCAAGGGGGGUCAACAGUGUGGGACUCAUGCCAGCCUAUGGAAAUUCUCUCAAGGUGGAUAGCUUGUACCAUCCCUCUCACCCAUCCAGCCACGGACAUCUUCCGGCUUCAACCGCCCUGCCACCGAACCCCGCCGGUCUGCUGGGUGCCCCACCAGACACAUGCCAUGUGGCCGCCGCGCCCCACCCGCGACAUCACCCUGCUCAGCCCUAUCCUAAUCACGGGCAUCAUCAGGCCUUGCCAGAUUCCAUGCACGGGCCUUACCACCCGCACCCUCACAAUCAUCACCUUCACCCGCAUCACGGGAGCUACCACUACCACAACCACCUCCACCACCACUACUCCUACGAGCGCCUGCCACCAGACUUGGACCUCGACAUGUUUCACGGCAGCUUGGACUGUGAUGUCGAAUCCAUCAUCCUCAACGAUUUCAUGGACUCCUCAGAGGAACUUGACUUCAAUUUUGACUGCGCGCUGCCACAGGGGAAUAUGGCAGCCGUGCUGGGCAUGGGGAGCCUCCCGGGGCCGCCACAAACCCACAACAACCAGAGCUGGGUGCCAGGGUGAAGAGGGUCCAGGAGGCAGUGCCACCCCAUCCCCAAACCCCCAGCCCGCCUCCCCAUCCCCAACAGCACAACUCGCCAAGGCCGUCCGACGACCAGCCCGCUACCUGCUUAGGCCUAAACGUGGGGUGAGUGACCGACUGGGCAGGACAUGCCAGCCUGAGGUUGCCCAACGCUGAACAUAUUUAUUCUGUGUGAAAGACUCAUAGGUGGAAAUGUCGACUUUUGUUGGGUUUUGUUUCCAGUCCAUAUCUCGGUCUCGACUGAGACUUUCUCGAACUGUGUUGAUCCAGAGUGUGUAUCCCAAAGUCCUCGGAUGUUGGUUCUUCUUUUUGUUUUUAUUUUUUUUUGUUUUUUUUCUUCUCAUGAGUACCCAUAUCCUCUUUUUAAAAGUCAACGACCACUUUUGUCUGCUAGACUGCCAUGACUCACCGGGCAGUGUCUUCUGCUGCUAAGCAACAACAGUU